CAAUAAUGGAUUAAAAGGAUUUGAACAUUGAUAUUCAUAAUGAAUUCUUUACAAAGAAAUUUCAAGUGACUCUUACAAAAAGGGAACCUAUAAAUCAUGAUUCUUAUAUGUUCAGAUUCGAUUUCAAAAAUGGAAAGGAAAGAUUGGGAAUGCAAGCUGUAUAGCAUAUCAAAAUUUAGUAAGUUUAUCAUUUUAAUAAUGAGUGGUCUAAAUAUGAAUGGUGAAAUCGUAGACAGAGCAUAUACUCAUGUUUUUGAAGAGGAUGGAUACUUUUAGAUACCAAUAAAAAUUUACAGACCAAAUGUUCAUCCUUAAUUUCCAAAUGGAGGAGAAUUAACUCCAUGGUUAGAAAAGAUAGACGUAAUAUUAUAUAAUAUAAUAGCUCAAUACUGAAUUAACAAUAAAAAGAUGUAUAGGGAAAUUGCUAUAUAACAAUAAUUAAUUCAUCGUUAGACCAAAAGUGAAUAAGAAUUGGUCACAAUUUAAUAGCGUAUUAUUAAUAUGUGGAGGAAGUGGGAUAACUCCAGCUUAUUAAUUAAUUUAAACGAUAUGUAAUAAUCAAAAUGACAACACAAAAAUGGUCCUUUUAUACGCAAAUAAAAGUGAAUAAGAUAUUUGGUUAAUGAAAGAAUUAAAAGAUCUUUAGGACAAACACAAGGAUCAAUUUACAGUUCACUUCACUUUAGACAAGGUAUUUAAAAACAAUAAUUAUAAAGUCUGAUGAGAAUUGGAAUGGUCUUAAAGGUUUUGUGAGUUUAGAGAUGAUGACAUCAAUAUUCCCAAAAGCAACUGAAACUACUUUAGGCGUGUUAUGUGGUCCUAAACCUAUGAACAAAUUAGUCAUAUCCCUUUAUGAAUAAUUUGGAUUAAAGAAAGAGAAUAUAGUCAAAUUCUGAGUAGGAUGUUGUAUUAAAUAAAAAUGUAAAAAAAUAAGAGUUUUUCUCCUUUAAACUCUAAUUUUCCGAUAGUGUAAGUUUUACACUCUAGUUCAAGUAUGCACAACUUUAAACUUUCAAUAAUAUAAAUACCAUAUAUCAAAG